UAAGUUGACGACGACUGCAUUCCCAGUGUGUCACCCUAAAGACAUUGCUCACACCCUCAGCGGCUUUAAGCUUUCGUCCCCCUUCUACCCACGUGACCUUCUUCGGUGUUCGGUCCUGCCCUUGCGUGGCUGCGUGAGUGGGUGGCUGUGCUAAUUGUGACGCAACCGUCGGUUCUUUUUCGCCUCUGGCGGCUCGUUCUGUGCUGGCCUCAGUGAACAUGAAUCCCGACUCAAAAACAAUGACGCCUUUCUUGCGCUGGCUUGUGUUCUUCGGCGUCAUCUCCUCAUAUGGCGGUGGUCUCUGCCUGCGCCUAGUGGAUCUCCACGUGCCGGGAGCGGUGCGCAGUGGCGAACCCGUGCAGCUGCGCUGCGAGUACGACCUGGAGAACGCCGAGCUCUACUCGGUGAAGUGGUACAAGAACAACGUCGAGUUCUACCGGUACCUGCCCAGCGACGUGCCGCCGGGGCAAUCCUACGAGCUGCUGGGCACCUUCGUCGACCACUCCCGUUCGGACAAGAACAACGUGUUCCUGGAGAAGACCGACCUAAACACCGAGGGCAUGUAUGGCUGCGAAGUGUCCACCGAAGGCCCCGGGUUCAAGACGGUCAAGGGAGAGCGAGAGCUGCGCAUAUACGUGCUGCCCGAGGAAGGACCACUGAUGGAAGGCUUCCAGCCCCGUUACCAGGUGGGUGACCAAGUCAACAUCACCUGCUACUCCCGGCCUUCCAAACCCAUCGCUACGCUCAAGUGGUUCGUCAACAACAAUGCCGUCCCUGCAAAGUACGAGACACGGGCCGGCACGACGCGUCACGAGAACGGGCUGCAAAGCACGUCCACAACGCUGCACUUCGAAAUGCGGCCUGAGCACGUGUCGCGCGACGUGAUUCGCUUCAAAUGCACGUCGUUCGUCACACAGGCUCAUUCGCGCAGCAGUGAGGAGCUCGUCAUCGGAGACAAAGGACCGCCCAGCGGUCGAGCGCCCCAGGAGUCUAACAGCCCCCGUAUUCUCAGUGAAAAGUCGCGCUACGAAGUUGGCGACGAUGUCGAUGUCAACUGUACGUCCAUCAUCACAGAGCACCCUGUUGAGCUACGAUGGUUCGUCAAUGAUCACGAGGUGAAAGGUCCGGAGGCGGUACGGUUCCCGAACGUGCGCUACGCGGACGGCACGCAGGCUGCCGUGCUGGGACUUCGGUUCCGCGUCGAAGCGCGCCACUUCAGCGACAGCGACGGACUGCGCCUCAAGUGCACGGCCACGCAGUCACGCGUGGUCGCGCUCAGCUCCGAGGAGACCGUCCAGGGAGCCCACCAGCGGUCGUCCGGGUUCCGCUUCGCUUCUGACGGUGCCGCCACUUCUUCGCUUAACGGCGGCUGCUUUGCAAGACUCUUCUGCUGGUGGUGGAUCCUGAAGACUCUGCGCUCCGCACUCUAGUCCGGUGGCGCAAUGGCUAAUAGAUUGGACUUUUACGUACCUAGAGGAGAGCGAAAAAUUGAUAAUUACAAAAGCUACAAAGAAGGCGACGAUAUGACGUUAGAGCGGUAUGAGAGCAAGACAAUGGCGCCGGCUCUCAGGUUGGGCCAACAAAUAUGUCUGGAGCUGUGAAAACGUUGGCCCGACGAGACGUUCACCACCUUAAUGGGAUACACAGUGUCCUGAGAGCGAAAAAUGCUUGUAUUGGCUAACCCACUGUCGUAUGACGACCGACUGAAAUUCGACAUACAGUAGGAAGAACGCCGUGAAAGCUACCUUCGCCUGUCUCACAUCAUUACCACUAUUUGCAGUGACUCUGCAUUCGAACCAGAGUGAGAAAUCCCGCGGAAACGAUGAGUGUUUAUACAAGGAAGAGAGUUACGGCGCACUUGAAACGAGAACCUGGUUGAAAACUAGAAGGAGAAAUGACCUAAUAUUCACACCCUGUGUCAUAUGUCUUACAGACAAGCAAGGUACCGUAUGGGUCACGUAUAUAUAUUUCUGGACUUCGAGUACUCUGUUGAACGAGGGUAGUGCAACAUAUCUUAUGACUUCGCUUUUCUCAUGUUAGGAACUUUGCUUUCAUUUGAUAUACUUUUGACGAACAAAAAACAGCGCACUCUAAAACGCCGAUAAAGGCCGAGGCGAGUCCACAGCGCUGUAGUGUCGUCAUUGCCUUUGUCUCCGUUUUUGUGCGUGCGCUGUAUUUCGUCAAGGGUGCAACAGCAAACCCAACUUUCUUCUCUAACUAAAUUUUAUAUUUUCUGCUAGGGAGUGCACUUUUCUACAGAAUUCCUUGCGAAUUAGGAAUUCGUGUAUACACGCACUAAAGUUAAUUUCGUACGGAAAGUGGCAUUCCGCGCUGUAUUUAAUUUAUUAUCCUGUUUGGAUAUAGUAUUUACCUGUUUCAUUCUGAAAUACACCAACUGGGUGUCGUCUGGGACAAUUCGGUGCACAAAUAAGUAUAUCGACGAAAAGAACGGCAGCACCCUCUAUUGCUGUUACAAGAAAACACGACGCAUGCUGCAUUCGUCGUAGCAGUGAAAGACGGCGCCACCGUUGAUUUGCUAAGAAAAUAUAAGCCUUCUUAUUCGGCAUCAGCGCACACGGGGAGUGCUGCAGGUUUAUUUUGGAUAACACACGCAAUGGGACACUGCAUCUAAAGGUAGCAUUACGCAAAAUAAAUCGCAAGACGCCAACUUUCCAAGAAACGUGAGUGCAGAAGGUUGAGCAGUUUGUCGGGAAGAGCGCUGUGUAUCUGGCUUUAAUAUUUGCGCAACACUUUGCGGAUAGAGUUGUGAAACCUUACCUCUAGAAUUUCGCUCUUCCUUAUCUCCAACUCGACGUCUGUGCACAGUUGUUGUUGUUGUCGAUGGCUUUUUAUAUGAUCAAAUUUUCCAUCUGGUUUACUUCUUAUCGUGAAGGGUAGCAGACUGCAAUUAGCAAGCAACAAAGCACUCAAAACGAGAGAAAAAAAUGCGUUGUCCCCUUUUGCAACGUGGCACUUACAAGCUGCGAAAUGUAGCUGCGAGCAAGUAUAGUUCGGCUCCUAAGUUGUGUUGACAUGCGUGUGGGUGUGAUAAAAAAAAGAAGCAGAAGAAGUUUAUUUUUACCACAUAAGUACACUGAUAUAUACAACGUGGUAAGGAUGGCAGGAUAAAAGCUGCAUAACGGCAGCUUGACUAGUCCUACCUUGACUAGUCCUAGAAAGCAACACUGGCGCCCACAUGUACACAAAUCACUUGCGCUGGUACACUAACCCAACUGUACCGUAAACCUCAUUUCGCAAAAGAAAAACAGUUAACACGUCAAGAGUAUAUGAAAAAUCUUGUUCCAUUAACUGGUCUUCCAGAUGCAUCGACCAUUGGCUAUCGUGGCCAUAGUGUGGCUGACCGGUUUUCUUAUUGAUGUUCUACAAAGUGCUUAGGUAACGGUGUAAUGUUGACGUCCCCUGUAGAUAGAAGAUAUGCACCCGCAGAAAUGGCAUAAUUGUCUCGUGCAUCAUUCCUUUUUGACUUGCUGUUCAGUUUUAACUCACCCUUAUCCCUAACCUCCGGCGUUGUUCACUGAAAUCUAACUGCUGCUAGGAUGCAACCUGCACUUGCUUCAAGGUGCCGGUAUUUCUUCUGAAAUUUAUCGGACGCAGUGUCGCGCAAGACUUACUCGGACAGGCGAAGGUAUUUUUCGCGAUUCUCGUUCACUUUAACGUCUCUAACGAAUUGGAAACGACGGCGAACGCUUAACUCUGUUCGUAGCGCACGAGGAACGUGCGUCACACUGCUUCGGGAAAUACGACGGUGAGACCGGACACGUUGUGAGCGUCGUCUGCUUCGUGACCGAGGAACUCAAGGUGACUUCGUCGAAAUAGUCAAGAGGGUAGAGAUGGCAUAAUGCUCCAUCCGACCACCGAGAUACGCUCUGAAUGCGACGGCAAUCGUGAGUGACCGGUGCCUCUUCGUGUUGGUGUCGUGCGCGUGACCACGCCGUCCGGCGGCUGCGCAGAACAAGCGGCCACUGCAGGUUGGGGUGAGAAGAGCGCAAGUCGAGCCGCGCUUUUUUCUCUGGACGCAUCUCACGGGGCAGUGCUGUGCGUUGUCACAUGAUAAGCGGAGCUGGUCUCUCUUUAUAUGUAUGUAUGUAUUUUUUAAUUUCAUUUUUUUUUGUUAUUGUGUAAUACGGUUUUAAGUGUCUUUCGGCCGCCGUUGCAGACAUUCCUUUGAUGUCGUCAUCGCUUGAACACAAAUAUUGAACUUUGCUCCAGCAUCUCGCAUUCAGUAAGAGUAUCGACUCUCUACUGCACCAUAGGCCGCUUGAGGGGCAGGAAAGUACGAGUCAGGAGUAGUAUGUGAAUAACGACUCUAAGAACAACGAUUCGUCAUUGGUUACCUGCAGUAAAAGCAAGAAAUUUGAUGCCGAGUGCCCUAGAAUGGGGCUUGCCCUCACGCAAUCGUUAGUCUAGGAGCUUGCUAUCAUAAAAACUACAUUGUGGGUAUUAGGCUGUGCUAUCUAAACUUCAAGGUAGAAGUAAUACAGGAUUUUUUUUUUUUGUGAGCGCGAAAGACCCUGGUUCCUCUUUUCAUACACUUUACAGCAGUUGUUUAGAAGCAAUUCGUGAUGAGAAACACUGUACCAACCUUCAUAAAACAAUGAUUUCCUUCUUUUCGGCAUAAAAACACUCAUAUAUUCAUUUCCUUCUUUUUAUUUUUUUAACGAUGCAAUUGCGAAGAGUGUAUGUUUGCUGAAACCAUUUAUUUAUAUUAGGGCAGAUAUCUGUAGUCAGCCCACAAUUAAUAGUGAGCAUAAUUUCGAAUAUGGUUGCUUGCGCAGAAAGUGACAUAUCAGAUGUCUGAUUUAGGGCAAGUUUCAGAUUACAAGCCAACGGGGAAGAGAAUCCACAAUCAAUAAAUAUAUAGUUGUUUUUAGCUUAUUUUCGUGGCUGUUUAUUGGCCGUUACAGAGUCGAAAAUGUCAGGCAACGUUAUGAAACCAGAGCACUAUAUUGCGCUAUAAUGCACUACGUUGCACUAUAUGGUUUGUAUAUUUCUAUGAGAGGAGGUACUAAGAAAGUGAAAAUUAUUUCAUACGAGCAAAGGCAACGUCAUUUGAGUUGCUGGUAGAAUUUUUGCUCGGUGCAUUCGCUGUAAGUACAGUGCAAUGUCCCUCGUGCGUGUAAACAUGUGCCUCCCAUUUACCAUCGUGUUACAUCAAAGACACGUUGCGUUAUGUGUAGUUACCGGGACGACCACCGCAAACAGCAGUGACCGCAACCGACGCAUCUAGCACGUCGGGCGAUCAUUCCUAUGCUGCUCAAGUCCCCAGCGAGUGUCUAUGUGUUUGUCGCAAAUGACGGGAAAAGAUUAACCAUUAACUAUUCAGCACCGGUUCACCAGUUCCGAAGUUAGUGGAAACUAAAGACGUUUGUUCUGCCCCGUGAGACCUUCUCGCGUGGCCGACGACGUGGCCUUCUCUGACUCGCACCUACGGCUCGCUGCUGGAUGGACGCGGCAAUCUCGGCUGGACAUUGGGGACUGCUGCGUCUCCAGUGGCAACGCGCCUAGACGAAGGAGCUGCUCAACACCAGCGGGGACAACAAGCGAGGACACUCAAAGGACAGCUAACCAUGUGGUCCUCCUUCCUGGUCCUUGUGUCCUUCGUGGAACUCGCACCGCGUCUCCUCCUUUCCCUCGUCCGUAACUUUUGUGCACACAGACGUGCGCACGCUGAUGAAACCUUCCCUCCACGCAUACCGAGUGCGCGGGCUGAACAGUGGGGAAAAUUUAAAAAAAAAAGACACGCACAGACGCACAUGCCUGUUUUGACUUCGAGGUUUUAACUCUUCUGUGUAGUGAGAUGUUUCCAGCUCGCAACUCCCAGUGGAUAUUUUCUUCCCUUGUUUUUUCUUUCUUCGCGCGACAAAAAAAGAAAAGAAAAAAGUGCUGCUGCUGUUGCUGAUGCUUGUAUUGCUGUAAAUAUAUAUAUA